CUAUAUACAAAAUGGCCGCUAUGAUGAUGCGUCAGAAGGUUGCCGGUGCCAUCGCCGGCGAGCGCCGCUCGGCUGUGGCCCCCAAGAUGGGCCGCGCCGCGACCGCCCCCGUUGUCGUCGCCUCGGCGAACGCUUCGGCCUUCAAGGGUGCCGCUGUGACCGCUCGCGUGAAGCGCUCGACCCGCGCUGCCCGUGUGCAGUCUCGCCGCACGGCCGUUCUGACCCAGGCCAAGAUCGGCGACAGCCUGGCUGAGUUCCUGGUCGAGGCCACCCCCGACCCGAAGCUGCGCCAGCUGAUGAUGAGCAUGGCUGAGGCCACCCGCACCAUCGCCCACAAGGUCCGCACCGCCUCGUGCGCCGGUACCGCCUGCGUGAACAGCUUCGGCGAUGAGCAGCUGGCCGUCGACAUGGUGGCUGACAAGCUGCUGUUCGAGGCCCUGAAGUACUCGCACGUGUGCAAGCUGGCCUGCUCCGAGGAGGUGCCCGAGCCCGUGGACAUGGGCGGGGAGGGCUUCUGCGUGGCCUUCGACCCCCUGGACGGCUCGUCCAUCGUCGACACCAACUUCGCCGUGGGCACCAUCUUCGGCGUGUGGCCCGGCGACAAGCUGACCAACAUCACCGGCCGCGAGCAGGUGGCUGCCGGCAUGGGCAUCUACGGUCCCCGCACCGUGUUCUGCAUUGCCCUGAAGGACGCCCCCGGCUGCCACGAGUUCCUGCUGAUGGACGACGGCAAGUGGAUGCACGUCAAGGAGACCACCCACAUCGGUGAGGGCAAGAUGUUCGCCCCCGGCAACCUGCGCGCCACCUUCGACAACCCCGCCUACGAGCGCCUGAUCAACUUCUACCUGGGCGAGAAGUACACCCUGCGCUACACCGGCGGCAUGGUGCCCGACGUGUUCCAGAUCAUUGUCAAGGAGAAGGGUGUGUUCACCAACGUGACCUCGCCCACCACCAAGGCCAAGCUCCGCAUCCUGUUCGAGGUUGCUCCCCUGGCCCUGCUGAUCGAGAAGGCCGGCGGUGCCUCCAGCUGCGACGGCAAGGCCGUGUCCGCUCUGGACAUCCCCAUCCUGGUGUGCGACCAGCGCACCCAGAUCUGCUACGGCUCGAUCGGCGAGGUCCGCCGCUUCGAGGAGUACAUGUACGGCACCUCGCCCCGCUUCUCUGAGAAGGUGGCUGCCUAAGCGCUCCACCCGGCAUGUGGGCACCUCGCAGCACCCGGCCGCAGCUCGUGGAGAGUUGCUGGUUGUGUGCUACGGGUGAACGAUGAGUGUUGGCUGACUGCUUUUGCCAGUUUUGGGACUGGUCGUCGCGCGCGCGCGCGGCUGCCGUUUUUGUUGGUGUGGUGUUUGUGUGAGCCUCUCGUGGUGGGUGCUGGCUGGAUGUGGGUGUUGAUGGAACAUCUGGGCGGGCUGACCGUGCAGGGUGAAUUUUGAGUGGUUUCGGGCUUUUUUCCGGGCGUAUGCCCUUAGGCCGUGCUUGCUGAGGUGGAGCGAGGUGAGAAGAGAAUCAACGGAGUGGCCGAGGGUGCCGCGAUUCGGGUGCGUAAACUCGGCGCGGGGUGUACUCUCAUGGAACGACAGGCGAAUGCGCCUUAUGUAAAUCAACAAAAUU